AUGUCUAUCCCGCACAUCGCUCCGGUACCUCACCCUCGCGAUGGGUAUUACGCUACAAACAAUCCGUACCAAGUGAACGGACCAAAAGGUUUUACUGAGUUCAAGUAUCUGGAAGAGACCCAUGAUCUGUUCGUGAGGCUUGAUUUCCCAGGAAUCCAGAAAGAGAGUGUGAUAAUCCUUCUCGAACCAUCGAAGAAAGCUGUCAUUGUGACCGGAGAAGCACCCAAAGAGAGCAAACACGAUUCUUCUCACCGUAAGUAUGGAACCGCCACGGGUCUAAUCUGUGACUGCUGUGAAAUCAGUAACAUUCAGUGUUUUGUUGGUGAUGGUGUCGUUAGACUUAUCCUCUCCAAGCAGAAGAUCAAUCUUCGUGUUCCUAUUUUCUGUUCCUGUAAGAUCACUAAUCUUCAAAAUGUUUUGUUUUUUUGUCUUAUUUUUGUCGGAGGUGCAAGAAUGCCUACUGAUGCUUCUCCUAACAUCAUUCGUGGUUAUAACCCAGAAGACUUAUCAGUUGAGCUUCUUUUAGAAACUAGUCUUCGUUGUUUUAGUAUAGUAAACGUAUCUGACAUUUUUCAUGGGUUUGUGUUGUUGAUUCCAAUUGUUGCAGUCGCAGGUGGCCAUCCUCUUGCUCAUCUUCGUGGACUUAAUCCAGAAGGUUGUCGUGGCACUGACCCUUUUGAUCCGGCGUUCACUGGUCCGACCAUACGACCACACCCGUCAGUGUUGGAGGGAUCCACGAGUGCUUACGAGACAAAGCAGCUCUCAAACGGUGGUCUGUAUCUGCGAAUUGACAUGCCUGGUGUCCCUAGCGACGGCUUCAUUGUGGCAGUGGACGGCAAUGGUGUCGUCACCAUCAUGGGACGAGCUCCUGCGACUAUGCACGACUCAAAUGGUUUUUACGCUAUGAACAAUCCGUACCAAGCGAACGGACCAAAAGGGUUUGCUGAGUUCAAUCAAGAAAGAGACUGUGGUUACCCACUUACCCUUCUCGAACCAUCCAAAAAAGCUGUUACUGUGACCGGAGACGCAGCUAAGAGCAGCAAACACGAUGCUUCUAACCGCAAUAACAACAUUCAUACCUUUGUUGAAGAUGGUGUUGUUAGACUCAUCCUCUCCAAGAAGAAGAUCUAUCCUCAUGCUCCUAAUUUCUGUUCUUUUGGAGGUGCAACAAUCCCUACUGGUGAUGCUCCUGUUGCAGAUGGCACUCCUUAUGUGAAUCUCUUAGCUCAUUUUCGUGGACUUAUCCCAAAAGGUCGCCGUUGCACUGACCCUGGUGAUCCAGCGUUCACUGGUCCGGUCGUACUACCACACCCGUCAGUGUUGGAGGGACCCAUGAUGCCUUACGAGACAAAGCAGCUCUCAAACGGUGGUCUGUAUAUGCGUGUUGACAUGCCUGGUGUCCCUAGCGAGAAGUUCAUGGUGGCAGUGGACGGCGAUGGUGUCGUCACCAUCAUGGGACGAGCUCCUGUGACCAUGCACGACACGAGUGGGCGUACUUACGUAGCCAAGGUCGCCAAUGUCCCUAGAGGCUAUGACGGGGGUCGGAUCAAAUUGGUCCCCAAGCAUGGUGUCAUCCGUCUCACUAUCCCUUCCAACUAA